AUGAGCGGCCAAAAUACAGAAUUAUAUGUGUACAAUUGCACAAAUUACCUUGAUUGUCAACCAUUUAGAAGAGAUCUUCUUCCAGGGAGAUACAAACUUGAAGCAUGGGGUGCACAAGGAGGCAAUGUCACAUAUGAUGGAACAUUAUAUGAAGGCGGCAAAGGCGGUUAUGUCAGUGGUGAGCUCGAUCUUACUCAGCAAACAACUCUUUUUAUUUUCUGUGGUGAAAUGGGAACUACUGAAAAAGGAACAUAUCAUCCAAACUAUGGUUGGCCAGGAUAUGAGACACGAAACACAUUUGGUGGUGGAGGGCGAGGGUAUGGAUAUACAGGUACUAAAUUCUAUCCAUCAUCAGGAGGAGGGAUGAGUUUCAUUUCGAUUAGCGAAGCUAAAAAUGAAAGUGGAAUUCUUUUUGCCGGUGCUGGUGCUGGAUCUGGUGCUGGAACAUUUGAAUAUAAUCAUUAUACAUAUGGUGGAUAUGGAGGAGGAGUUUCAGGAGGAUCUGGAUCACACUGUGGAAAUACGUGUGGUACAGGUGCCACUCAAACAAGUCCUGGAACAAACUCUGAAAAUUCUGUCAGAAAUGGUGGCAAAUUUUAUGGAGGAAAUUGUGGACAAGAUGAUAGAUGGUCUACAGGAGGUGGUUCUGGUUAUUACGGCGGUGCUGGUGGAUAUGCUGCUGGUUCUGCUGGAGGUGGUGGAAGUUCUUUCUUCGAUACUUCAUUUAUCAAAAAUGGAAAAACAAUUCCAGGUAACGAAACAAUGCCUUCACCUUUUUCAGUCACAGAAAAAAUCACCGGAAACCGAGGUCAUGGAUACGUCAGAAUCACACCUUUUGGAUAUUUCCUCUAUCAAGACUCCGAACUCCUUGAUUUCUACAAUCCAGGAAGUAAUCUUACAAUCUCCCUUCAUAUCAACUCCCUUGGUGUUGGAGAAACUGCCAAAAUAUCACUGAAGUUACAAGAUUCACCAGAAAAAGUAAUUGAUUUGCAUGAUGACACCGGCGAAGAAUACCAUUUUUCACACUCAAUCCAGCUUCCUCAAACAAGUGGAUAUUAUACAUUCACUUUUUAUGUUACAUCUCGUACUGGAAUUAAAAACUCCAAAUCAUUUACUGUUCUUGUUAAUUCAAUCCCGCAAAUCAAGGUUUUGAAUGAAAUUAAGCCUAAAUACAAAGUAGGCGAAGAAGCAAAGCUUGAAGUUGAAAUUUUUGAUGAUACAAAAGCAAGAUUAUUAAUUACUGAGAAAGGAUAUCCUUUAUUUAAUGAAUCAUUUGAAUUAAAUAAUACUCCAAAGACAGUUAACUGUUCAUUUACUCCGCCAUGGCCUGCAUCUGAUGAAGUUCAUUUUGUUAUGAUUCAGGCUGUUGAUGAAUUUAAUUUUUCAUCAAAAUCUGUAUUUUUACAAUAUGAAAUAACUGAUAGAAGUUCUCCCAAUCUUAGAUUAGAUGAUAAUUUUUCGUUCUAUUUUAAAUCCGGUGAAAUGGUCCAAAUAAAUUCAUCGGUUGGAGAUAUCGAACGAAAAUACGUUUGUAUGUACACAUUGCUUAAUGAUCGAUAUCAGCAAAAGCAUAGUUGUUUGACUAUUACUGAACAAAUAUGGAAUCCAUUUCAGUUUAGCCGCACUUUAAUUGGAUUUUCGGAUGGAAUUUAUGAAUUCUCUAUAAUUUGCAUGGAUGAUGAUGGAAUGGUUUCUAAUAAAAUAAAUCGCCAAAUAGCGAUUAUAUCAGAGACCUUUAUUGUCUGUAGUAAGACAAUUACUAUUCGUCGCGAAAUCAUUUUAUCCACGUUCAACGUUCUUUGUGUUUAA